UUAACCUUACUGACAAAAAAAAAAAAGGAACUCUCAAUCCCUCACUCGCUGCUACUGUGCUACAGUCUCCGGUGAACUCCCUCUGUCUUUUCUCUCUGCUUCAAAUUUCUAAACACUAGAAUUCUUUCUCGAAACUUGUAGAAAUCUCUUUUUUUUUUUUUAAUUACGUUUAUACUGGGGCGAUCUCAAAUUAUUCUUUUUUUAUUUUGAUAAUGGAGUGGAAUCCCCAAACCCUUCAAUUCCUCUCACAAUGCUUCCUCCACACACUCUCUCCCCAGCCGGAACCUCGACGCGCCGCCGAGGCUUCCCUUUCCGAUGCCGCCGAUCGUCCGAACUACGGGCUCGUCGUGCUCCGUCUCGUGGCCGAGCCUUCCGUCGACGAGCAGAUCCGUCAAGCCGCUGCUGUUAACUUCAAGAACCACCUCAAAACACGUUGGGUUCCCUCUAACGAUCCCAACGCCAGCCCCACAUUUUCCCCAAUCCUCGACCCCGAAAAGGACCAGAUCAAAACCUUAAUCGUCUCUCUCAUGUUAUCUUCUUCUCCUCGCAUUCAAAGCCAGCUCAGCGAAGCCCUAGCUGUUAUCGGCAAGCACGAUUUCCCAAAAUCGUGGCCGACUUUGCUUCCUGAGCUCAUAUCCAAUCUUCAAAAGGCUGCCCAAUCCGCUGAUUAUACUUCCAUUAACGGUAUUCUCGGAACUGCUAAUUCAAUUUUUAAGAAAUUUAGGUAUCAGUAUAAAACAAACGAUCUUUUACUUGAUUUAAAGUAUUGUUUGGAUAAUUUUGCGGCUCCCUUAUUAGAGAUUUUUCUUAAAACUGCCUCAUUAAUUGACGCAACGGCUGCUUCUGCUGGUGUUGGUUCCCCUGUGACCCUACGGCCACUCUUUGAAUCUCAGAGGUUAUGUUGUAGGAUUUUCUAUUCGUUGAACUUUCAAGAACUGCCUGAAUUCUUUGAGGAUCAUAUGAGAGAUUGGAUGGGUGAAUUUAGGAAGUAUUUGACCACGAAUUACCCUUCAGUUGAGAGUAGUGCAGAUGGGCUAGCAUUGGUUGAUGAACUUAGGGCUGCGGUAUGUGAAAAUAUUAGUCUUUACAUGGAAAAGAAUGAGGAGGAGUUUCAAGGUUAUUUAAAUGAUUUUGCAUCAGCUGUUUGGAGUUUGCUUACAAAUGUGUCUCAGUCUUCAAGCCGUGACAAACUGGCUGUUACUGCAAUGAAGUUUUUGACCACAGUUAGCACGAGCGUGCAUCAUACUUUGUUUGCAAUUGACGGAGUAAUACCACAGAUUUGUCAGAGUAUUGUGGUUCCAAAUGUGCGGUUGAGGGAUGAGGAUGAGGAGCUUUUUGAGAUGAAUUAUGUUGAGUUUAUAAGGAGGGAUAUGGAGGGGAGUGAUCUUGAUACAAGGAGAAGGAUCGCUUGCGAACUGCUUAAAGGAAUUGCAGCUAAUUACAAAAAGCAAGUGACUGAUAUUGUUUCUAUUCAGAUACAAAAUUUGUUGAGCUCCUUCGCUACAAACCCUUCUGCCAAUUGGAAGGACAAGGACUGUGCCAUAUAUUUAGUUGUCUCACUUGCAACAAGGAAGGCUGGGGGUACUUCUGUUUCGACUGAUCUUGUGGAUGUUCAGACUUUCUUCACAUCAGUUAUCGUCCCUGAGUUGCAAAGCCAAGAUGUGAAUGGGUUCCCCAUGCUCAAGGCAGGUGCUAUUAAAUUCUUCACAAUGUUUCGUGGUCAGAUACAAAAACCUGUUGCAUUUCAGUUGUUCUCCGAUUUGGUUCGAUUUUUGGGUGCAGAAUCAAAUGUGGUUCACUCUUAUGCUGCAAGCUGUAUAGAAAAACUCUUGCUUGUCAAGGAUGAAGGGGGAAAAGCAAGAUACACUUCAACUGAUAUAACUCCUUGUGCGCCAGUGCUGAUGAAAAACCUUUUCAAUGCGUUGAAAUUUCCAGAGUCUGAGGAGAAUCAGUAUGUAAUGAAGUGUAUAAUGCGUGUUCUCGGGAUUGCUGACAUCUCCAAUGCGAUUGCUGGACCUUGCAUUGGUGGUUUAACCGCUAUUCUCAAUGAAGUUUGUAAAAAUCCAAAAAAUCCCAUUUUUAACCAUUAUCUUUUUGAGUCUGUGGCCAUUCUUAUCAGACGAGCAUGUGAGAGGGAUGCCUCCCUUAUAUCAGCUUUUGAAGCAAGCCUUUUUCCCAGUAUCCAAACCAUCUUGGCAAAUGAUGUGACGGAGUUCUUGCCUUAUGCAUUCCAGCUUUUGGCUCAGCUUGUUGAGCUGAACAGACCACCCAUCUCUCCAAGUUACAUGCAGAUUUUCGUGCUUCUCCUCUCCCCUGAUUCAUGGAGGAGAUCUUCAAAUGUUCCAGCCCUUGUGCGUAUGCUUCAGGCUUUCCUUCAGAAGGCACCCCAUGAACUCAAUCAAGAGGGGAGACUGAACCAGGUGCUUGGUAUAUUCAACAUGCUUGUCUCAUCUUCUAGCACUGAUGAACAGGGCUUCUAUGUGCUUAAUACUGUUAUUGAGAAUCUUGAAUAUGGUGUCAUAUCUCCCUACAUGAGUAAUAUUUGGAAUGUCCUUUUUAUGCGCCUCCAAAACAAUCGUACUAUAAAAUUUUGGAAGUCUCUUGUGAUUUUCAUGUCACUCUUUUUAGUCAAGCAUGGAACUAAAAAUCUAGUGGACACGAUGAAUGCAGUUCAGGCCAACAUAUUCUUGGUUAUCUUGGAGCAGUUUUGGAUUCCCAAUCUUAAGCUGAUCACUGGAGCAAUUGAGCUUAAGUUAACUGCAGUUGCUUCAACCCGGCUCAUCUGUGAAUCUCCAGAUCUUGUGGAUGCUGCAGCUGCUAGACACUGGGGCAGAACGCUGGAUAGCAUUGUUACCCUUCUUUCACGGCCUGAGCAGGACAGAGUUGAGGAAGAACCAGAAAUGCCAGAUAUUGCAGAAAAUGUGGGAUAUACUGCCACUUUUGUUAAACUUUACAAUGCUGGAAAGAAGGAGGAUGAUCCUCUGACUGAUGUAAAGGAUCCAAAGCAAUUCUUAGUAGCUUCAUUGGCAAAACUUUCUGCACUUACCCCUGGGAGAUACCCCCAGGUCAUUAAUGAAAAUCUUGAGCCAGCAAAUCAAGCGGCAUUACUUCAGCUUUGCAGCACUUAUAAUUGCAAAAUAGUUUGAGGCCACGGAUUCUUCUCUAUUCGGUGGUUGCAGUGUUGGGACAUUACCUUGAGCAUGCAUUUGUGAGGAAUGGAUGCUUUUUGAUACCAAGAUGAAGGAUCAAAUGUGAUGGUGGGUGCUAGAUUUUGCAGUUGCUGUUGCUCACUGAAUUGUGCUUCCUUGUGUAGUGGUUAGUCCACUGCUUGUGGUUGAAUGAGCCCCCAUUUUCCUUUGGUUUUGUUAUCAUAAUUUAUGGAUUUUGUUUGGAAUGCAUCUGUCCACAAGUUGUAGAUCUUUGUGUUAUGUUGACAAGAGUUGUAGUAUAAAACUGUCUUUGUUUUUAUUUUUUUGAUAAAUUUGAAAAGGGUUAUGAGCAAAAAGCUGUAGGAAUCGGCUGGUAACUGACAUUGAAUUUUUGUCUGAAAUUCUCACUCGUGAGUGAUUUUGAUUAUAUUAUUAUUUCUUAGAAUGUUGCUGAAGUUCAGAUCUAAAAACCUUUUAAGUACUAGCUUCUUUCUUUCUUUUUUUUUUUUUUUUAAAUGAAAAAAAUAGUAAUUUUGAGAUGCUGGAGUAAGACGACAGCUACUAGUGCAAAGUCUUUCUCUCGUGGUU